CUUCUCUCCCUAGUCUUUUUUUUUUGAAGGUCUCUCCCUAGUCUUUGGGAAGGAGAAGAACAUACAGUAGAUACAUUCAUCUGAUCUGCUUAGUUACCGUGCUUUGUACUCGUGAUCACUGAUCAGGAUGGCAGAAGGGCUCUUCUCCAUGGCUCACCCGUGGGCCUCCGCCUUUGGCAUCCUAGGCAACAUCAUAUCCUUCCUGGUGUUCCUCGCACCGACGCCGACGUUCCUGCGGGUGUACCGGAAGAAGUCGACGGAGGGGUUCAGCGCGGUGCCGUACGUGGUGGCGCUCUUCAGCUGCAUGCUGUGGAUCUUCUACGCGCUGGUCAAGACCAACUCCAGCCCGCUGCUGACCAUCAACGCCUUCGGCUGCGUCGUCGAGUCCUUCUACAUCCUGCUCUACGUGGUGUACGCGCCCAGGAACGCCAGGCACCGCGCCCUCGCCUUCUUCCUCCUCCUCGACGUCGCCGCCUUCUCCCUCAUCGUCGUCGUCACCGUCUUCCUCGUGCCCCAGCCCAGCCGCGUCAAGGUCCUCGGCAGCGUCUGCCUCGCCUUCUCCAUGGCCGUCUUCGUCGCCCCCCUCAGCGUCAUCUUCGUGGUGAUCAAGACCAAGAGCGCCGAGUACAUGCCCUUCUCGCUCUCCUUCUUCCUCACCCUCAGCGCCGUCGCCUGGUUCUUCUACGGCCUCUUCACCAAGGACAUCUACGUCACCCUCCCGAACGUGGGCGGCUUCUUCUUCGGCGUGGCCCAGAUGACGCUCUACUUCUGCUACCGCAAGCCCGACACGUCGGCCCUGGUGCUGCCGACGGGGAUCCACGACGUGUCCACGGAGGCGGCGGCGCAGCAGGAGGUGGAGCUGCCGGAGGGCACCCACCCGGCGGUGGCCAUGCUGACGGUGAGCACGCUGCCGAUGCUGGCGGAGCUGCAGAAGAUGGAGCAGGAGAUCAGCUCGCCCACCCCGCGCAAGGGCUACAUCAAGGCUUUCUGAUCGAUCAAGGGCUGAUGCACGCACGGGUGCAUGCAGGAGAUGAAUCGCUAACGAUUGGCGAACCGACCGCCAAAAGAAAUACUUACGUUUAUAUACUUCUUAAUUUCAGUCGUUCGUUUGUAAUGGUCUGUAGUAGUAGUAG